GUAUGCGCCUUUACCUACUUUACAUUAUUAUCGCAUUUCGCGCGAGGUGCGCGGUUUAAAUGCGCCACUUUUGCAUUUUCCAGUACUGAACGCUUGUCCACUUGCCAUCGUAGACUGUCCACGAAGCCGUUGAACCAGUUGUGAAAACAGUGUGAAACUAAAAGUUUAAAAAAUUUUUCUCCGUCGAAAAUUCCGCAGUUCUUAAUUUGCUCAACCAGUAAUGCUUGAUUAUCAUCGAAAAUGCAUAAUAUUUUUGAUGAAUCGUGCAUGCAAUCGAUACGUCUCAGCGAUAUGAGUACGUCCUUUAAAAUUUUAUCAUGUUCAAUUUUUUAUACAUAAUAAUUCUAAAAUCCACUUCUUCUUGAAUCGGACUAUAGCACAAUUUAUAGGUAUCGACUUGUAAAUGGUAUUAGUAUAAAAUAUUUUUAAUAGACCUGAAUAUUCAUUUACGUGAAUUUGUUGAAUGACAUUAGAUCAUAGAAAAGUAAAAGAUAUUGGAAAUGCCGUCACUGGAUAAAAAUCCAAAUCAUGCACCAAAGUCGGCAUAAUUACCUGCAUCGACUAUUUAUGGAAUCUAAGACAACACAAUUCCCUCACUUAUUCUCCAGACACUCUCUCGGCCUAAGUAUUCUACACAUGGUAGUAGCAUGCGAAAGUAACAUUUCUGCUCGAGCAAAAGUCAUACUCGAUAGCGUAUCUGUGUUAAGUUGGAUGCUGAACAGGCCGCAAAGUGCUACAACCAGACAACAGACCGAGCUGAUCAAUAAGGCCCAGCGGGCUGCGAUCAACACAACGGAUAUCAUCGAGAAAUUACGUUUGCUCUGCCUUGCCCGAGGUGCCCAUGGCAUCCUUGGUCUCGGCAGAGUUUUUCGUCGUAUGGACGAAGACGGAAAUAAACAACUGAAUGAACAGGAACUAAGCGAUGGCUUGAGGGAAAGUGGACUAGAAGUUUCAGACGAAGAAGUCAGUCAACUUUUUACUAAAUUAGAUACUGAUGGCAGUGGAGGCAUUAACAUCGACGAGUUCAUCACCGCUGUUCGACCACCUAUGAAUGAAAGCAGAAAAAAACUUGUAGAAAUGGCUUUCGAAAAAUUAGAUAAAACAGGUGAUAGAGAAAUUAAUAUCGACGAUUUAAAAGGAGUAUAUAAUGUGAAAUAUCACCCUCGAUACAUAAGCGGAGAAGAAAGUGAAGAAAGCAUAAUGAACAAAUUUUUGGCUAAUUUUGAACAAAAUGCCACAAAAAAUGGAAUAGUUACUUUCGAAGAAUUCCUUAACUAUUAUAGCGCUAUUAGUGCAAGUAUUGAUAACGACGCAUAUUUUGAUUUGAUGAUGCGCAACGCGUAUAAAUUGUAAUCAAAAUUGCACAAAUUUUUUCUUAAUUUUCAUUGAUAUCAAUUUUGAAAAUUUUAAAUAAUCAUAAUAUUAUCACUAAAUUUUUAUCUGCAAAAAUUGUAUGUUUAAAAGGUGUAAAAACUCUUAUAAUUUUUACGUAAACGAGCUUUGUUUAAUAUUUCUUUCACGUUCAUUCACUGAAUUUAAUAUGCUUAAGUUUCAUUAUCAUUAUUUUUUUUCAAAUUCUACUCCUUGUAAUCACAAAAUAAGAUAUUGUAAAAUUGAAUUAUAAAAAUAAAAUUCAAUGAA